AUGAACGGCCAGAUAGAUGCUCCGCAGGCCAUCGCGCCCACCGAAAAGGAACGCCAGGCGGGGGUCUACUCGCCGCGCAACUUGCAGAAGGUGCUUGGGGCGCUGCACCGAGAUGGCCUGGUGGUUUUGAGGGAUGUCAUUGACAAAGAUCAUAUCGAUGCGCUGAACGAUAACAUGUGCAAGGAGGCCGAGAGGAUGAUGUCCGACCCGAACCAGGCGUAUAAUCAGAACGUAAAGUCAAAUUUCUUGCAAAGACCACCGGUGACGGAUGCGGCCCAUCUUCACGAAGACAUAUACUUCAAUUCUUUCCUCCUGCAAAUCGCCAACGCCUAUUUGGGAUCGAAGCCCAUCUGGAACUGGCUCACAUCCAACACGGCCCUGGCAAACACCGCCGGUAUGCGUCAGCCCGAGCACAAGGACUCAAACUUUGAUCACCCCCUCUGUCCAUACUACUUCAUCGCCAACAUCCCCCUCUGCGACUUUUCCGUCGAGAACGGCGCGACGGAAUUCUGGCUGGGGUCCUCCGUCUACACAACAAUGGAGGACCAGCAGACCGAGGCCCGGAGGGCUGUUCGUCCGCCACUUCAGCCGGAGGCUCACCGCGGGGAUAUUAUGAUCCGGGAUCUGCGAACAUGGCACGCUGGUAUGCCUAAUAAUUCUGACAAGCACCGGAUUAUGCUAGGACUGGGGUAUCAGAGCCCGUUUCAUCCAAACUUUAAACAGCGUCUCCAUCUUCCUCUCUCGCAGGAGGAGUUCUUCUUGGGGCAGUCUAAGGGCAGGAUAGAAGUUAGGGCCAACUUUUAUGACGAUGACGAGUUCUCGAAAACGAAAGCCGACACAAUGUUUGAUAUUUGUCCUCAGUAUGGGUCUGAUGAGUAGGAAUUCUUUUGGAUUAUCUGAAGGGCGGGAUGGGCAAUGUCGUACGAGACGCCAGUUUAUAACAAUGACAAGCCUAUGUG